AUUUACAUUGGGAAAUAGAGAAACGAUCAUUGUGUUUUGUUAGUUUUAAAAACUUUUGAUAUAUUAGUAUUUUGCAUUAUAAGCAGUCAACCGAUUGACAAACUAGAAUUAUUUGAAUUCCGUGUGGAAAGAGCUCGGGUUAAUUUCGAGUGUUAUCUGCAAUCUAGAUGUUUAUAAAUCAUUUCAGUCGUUGAUAUUAUAAUUAAAGGUCGACUGAACAUGAAUUAAAUUAUACAAUUUAAAGCGCAUUUCUGUUUAUGCACGUGAACCCGUCUGACGUUAUUUUCGCAGUUAUAUAAAGUAGCAAAUUAUCGUUCCUGAAUAGGUGGCGCCGUGGUAGCGGAUCCUGUUCCUCUUCUUCCGGUUUCUGCACUGUGCAACUAUUUCAGUUAUAUUUUUAAUUAACGAUGCCAAGUACUUGUUGUUGUGUACCUGGAUGUCAUUUAAGAGGAGGACAUGCAUUUCCAAAUGACUUAAAAAGAAGGAAAAGUUGGAUCAACGCCAUGGCCCAUACGCAGAUUGGACGAGAACACGAUGAUAUCGUGGAGUCCAUCUCAAUCAGCUGUUGUUUGCAAGGCACGUUUUACUGAAAAAGACUACGUGCAGGAAACUAUUCAUGGGCGCAAACCCACCAUACAGAGACUUAAGUCUACUGCAAUUCCCAGCCUAUUUUCCUGGACCAAGCAAGAGACUGAAUCGUCUGCAAAAAGAAAAAUCAGGGCAGUUUCCUGUGAAAACAAAAGAAUUAAACUUGAUGAAUAUUGUAGUAGAAAUCUAGAGGAAAGUUUUGAUUGUAAAGUUGGUUUUCCUGAAGAAGUCAUUCAUACUGCAGAAAGGAUUUAUGACUGUCCACCACCAACUGCCGAGCUAAUGUUGAGCUUCACAGAUGGAAUUACGCAAACACCAUCAAUGCCUAUGUUUUCAGCAGAGAAUUUUGAAAUGAAGACACGUGACACAGCCAUGCAUUUUUAUACCGGUUAAGAGUUGUAUACUAAAUUUUUAUUUGUUUUGACCACACUUGGUCCAGCAGCACAUUGUUUGAGAUACAUAUAUUUUCAAAUUGAUAGGGUGUCAGUUGAAAAUCAGUUUUUUUAUGAUUUUGAUGAAAUUGAGGCAUCAUACAACCAACUUUGAACUGUCUAGAUUCUAGAUUGAAUCUAGUGUUAAGAAUAUUGUGUAUACAUGGAUUGUUUUUAUGUCUAAACAGUGGUGUGAGGCUAACACUUGGCCAUCUAGUGGUUUAGUCAGGUAUUUUUCACCAUCCAACUUCAAAUUAAAGUUUCCUACGACUUGGAUUAUUAUUGACAGCACAGAAUAUCCCGUGAUAAAACCUAAAGCUCCUAGAGCUCAGGCAACCUUUUCAUCAAAUAAAAACAGAAACACUGAAAAUUCUUGAAUGUUCGACACCUGGUGGUUUAGUCAAUUAUGUCUCUAUGUCACAUAGAGCGAAUUAUUGGACUUGGCAAAACAUACAAAAUUCUAAUAAAUCCUAUGAAUGGAACUGAAACAAAACUUUCAUCUGAAAUAACAUUUAGUUGUUAGCUCACCUGGCCCAAAGGGCCAAGUGAGCUUUUCUCAUCACUUGGCGUCCGUCGUCCUGCGUCCGUCGUAUGUAAACUUUUACAAAAAUCUUCUCCUCUGAAACUACUGGGCCAAAUUUAACCAAACUUGGCCAAUAUCAUCAUUAGGGUAUCUAGUUUAAAAAAUGUGUCCGGUGACCCGGCCAACUAACCAAGAUGGCCGCCAUGGCUAAAAAUAGAACAUAGGGAUAAAAUGUAGAUUUUGGCUUAUAUCUCUGAAACCAAAGCAUUGAGAGCAAAUCUGACAAGGGUAAAAAUGUUUAUUAGCUCAAGAUCUAUCUGCCCUGAAAUUUUCAGAUGAAUCUGACAACCCGUUGUUAGGUUGCUGCCCCUGAAUUAGUAAUUUUAAGGAAAUUUUGCCUUAUUUGGUUAUUAUCUUGAAUAUUAUUAUAGAUAGAGAUAAACUGUAAACAGCAAUAAUGUUCAGCAAAGUAAGUUCUACAAAUAAGUCAACAUGACCAAAAUGGUCAGUUGACCCCUUAAGGAGUUAUUGCUCUUUUCUAGUCAAUUUUUAACAAUUUUUCGUAAAUUUUUGUUAUCUUUUACAAUCUUCUCCUCUGAAACUACUAAGAUGAAUUUAACUAAAGUUGUAAACAAUCAUCAUUAGGGUAUGUAGUUUAAAAAUUGUGUUUGAUGACCCCGCCCUCAAACCAAGAUGGCCGACAUGGCUAAUAAUAGUACAUAGGGUAAAAUGCAGUUUUUGGCUCAUAUAUCUAAACCCAAAGCAUUUCUAGCAAAUCUUUUAAAAACAAAAUUGUUCAUUAGGUCAAGAUCUAUCUGCCCUUAAAUUUUCAGACCAUUCAGGCAACCCGUUGUUGGGUUGCUGCCCCUGAAUUGGUAAUUUUUAGAAAUUUUUUCAGCUUUUGGUUAUUUUCUUGAAUAUUAUUAUAGAUAGAGAUAAACUGUAAAGAGCAAUAAUGUACAGCAAAGUAAGACCUACAAAUAAGUCACAUGACCAAAAUGGUCAUUUGACCCCUUAAGGAGUUAUUGCCCUUUAUAAUAAAUUUUUAACAAUUUUCAUAAAUUUUGUAAAUUUUUACAAAAUAAUUUCCACUGAAACUACAGGGCCAAGUUCAUUAUAGAUAGAGAUAAUUGUAAGCAUCAAGAAUAUUCAGUAAAGUAAGAUCUACAAACACAUCACCAUCACCAAAACACAAUUUUGUCAUGAAUCCACCUGUGUCCUUUGUUUAAUAUGCACAUAGACCAAGGUGAGCGACACAGGCUCUUUAGAGCCUCUAGUUUUAUGUUGUGUAAUUUUAGAACUUGUAUUGUGCCAAAGGAUGCAUAAAUAAAAGUGACGCAAUGAA